AAUAGAAAAGCAACCAUGUCCGGAGCACCGUUCGUGGCUUUCGUGGCUUUCGUGGCUUGCCUCAUGGUCUCAUCGGUGGCGGCCAAUGGCUUCAGCACCCAGUACCAGGGUCACACGCAGCACCCAACCAUUCCGGAGCACUGUCUCUACAAGGAGCUGGACUUGGCCGUGCCGCUGCACGGCUACCUUCUGCCCGCCGGACAACAUGGCUACUGCAUCCGACUGGAGUGCACCGACGACUACCUGCUAUUGAUUCGACACUGCGAGAAAAUGCCAUAUCCCGGACCUGGUUGCCACUUCUCCGCCAGCAACUAUGACCUCCAAUAUCCGGAUUGCUGCCCCAAGCUAGAGUGUUCCAGUGGGCUCUAGAUAUAUGUGCUUACAGUUCCCUUUAAAAUAAUAGUUCUGCGUGAUUUUUAUAGUAAAUAUACUAAAUAAAACAUGAUAUAAUAUAUAUAAA